ACGUCACCGUCUUGAUUUGGGGCGGGGGCUUGCAGGAGAUUUAAUAGGAAGGUGGCAAAGACGCUGUGAAUGUUUACUGUUUUUAAUCGAAUUGAGAGACAUUUAACCACACAACCAAUAUAUAUUACAAUACAGAAGGGUUUCACGUAUAUUUGAGAGAUUAUAUCGCCAGACGAAGAUGGGUAGCUGCCUUACAGUUGGACCAAAUGAAGCCGUGGUUGUCUCUGGUGCCUGUUGUGGCUCAGAUGAGAAGACCUACAUGGUGGGGGGCUGGGCCUGGGCCUGGUGGCUCAUCACUGACAUUCAAAGGAUUACACUGGAGAUUAUGACACUCCAACCCAAGUGUGAGGAUGUUGAGACUGCAGAGGGCGUCGCCAUCACUGUCACUGGGGUGGCACAGAUCAAAGUGAUGACAGAUCAUGAUCUUUUGGCAAUUGCUUGCGAGCAGUUUUUGGGCAAAUCCGUCCCUGAAAUCAAAGGAGUGGUUUUGCAAACCUUGGAGGGACAUUUACGCUCAAUUCUAGGUACACUGACAGUGGAGCAAAUCUACCAGGACAGGGACAAGUUUGCCCAGCUGGUGCGGGAGGUGGCAGCACCUGACGUGGGCAGGAUGGGCAUUGAGAUCCUCAGCUUCACUAUCAAGGAUGUCUAUGAUAAAGUGGACUACCUGAGCUCACUGGGGAAGACUCAGACAGCAGCAGUCCAGAGGGAUGCAGACAUCGGUGUGGCAGAGGCAGAAAGGGAUGCUGGGAUAAGAGAAGCAGAGUGCAAGAAGGAGAUGAUGGAUGUCAAGUUCCUGGCCGACACAAAGAUGGCAGACUCCAAACGAGAACUUGAACUGCAGAAGGCUGCUUUCAACCAAGAAGUCAACACCAAGAAAGCGGAAGCCCAGCUGGCCUAUGAGCUGCAGGCAGCUAAAGAACAGCAGAAGAUCAGGCUGGAGGAGAUGGAGAUUGAGGUGGUUCAGAGGAAGAAGCAGAUCACCAUUGAGGAGAAGGAGAUUUUCCGCACAGAGAAGGAGCUCAUCGCCAUGGUGAAGAGGCCUGCCGAGGCAGAGGCAUACAAGAUGCAACAGCUGGCUGAGGGACAGAAGAUGAAGAAGGUUCUGACGGCCCAGGCAGAGGCAGAGAAGAUCCGGAGAAUAGGCGAGGCAGAGGCUGGCUCCAUUGAGGCUAUAGGGAAGGCUGAGGCUGAGAAGAUGAGACUGAAGGCUGAGGCUUACCAGCAGUAUGGAGAGGCAGCCAAGACUGCUCUUGUCCUGGAGGCCCUGCCCAAGAUUGCAGCCAAGGUGGCGGCGCCGCUGGCCAGGACCAAUGAGAUAGUAAUCCUGAGCGGGGAGGGAAACCAUGUGACGGGGGAAGUGAACCGCCUCCUGGCUGAACUUCCUGUGUCUGUCAACGCCCUCACAGGAAUUGACCUAUCAAAGAUCCCACUACUGCAGAGGAUGACUGAUGCUCAGGCCUGAAAACAAUCUUUCCCUUCUACUCUCUGUUUUAUGCACUCUCAUAGACUGCCUUCAAUACCCUUGAAAUUAUUAUUUAUUUAUUAAAUAUGAACAAGUGGAUUUUUUUAAACCUCUGGUGCCUUAAUUUCUACAGGACCAGAAUAUCUGCAUGUACCGCUGCUCCUUUAUAUACUCUAUGUAUCUUUUGAGUUCACUACUUUUUGAAUCAUGAAGCUUUUUACAAUAAGUAGAUCGCAUGACAUUGUUAUCAUUUAGCAUGAACUGAGCCUUUUUGAUUUUACUCAUAAACCUCUCUAGUCUCUACCUUACCAUAUCAUGUCAGUGAACAGCUGUCAAGAAGAGCAACCUCUAUGAUUUUCUUUCAAAGUUGUAACUCACCGUGCCUAUUAUAUACUUCAUUAUUACUCAGUAAUUAUCUCUUCUUGCUCUCAUGUGACUAUUUUAUAGAUUAUGGAAGUUACUGUACUCUAAUGUAUAUAACUUUUAAUUUAACUGAUUUAAUUUGUAUCCUUUAUGAUGAGUUAUGGGUUUUCACAAUCAGGUGACAAGUUGUAUCAAGUGCUACAUGAAACAAGGUGCUCACUGCUUACUAUCCUCAAAUAAUUGAUUUAGGUUUCUACUUAGUUAAAACUCUGGGUAACUGGGAAUUCUUCCCACUCUUUAAGAAAUCAUGUGUUUUCAUUUAGUUUUAUGUUGUAAACAUUGUUUAGUACAUUAUUCCAAACACACUUUCAUUUAUAGCAACAUGAAUGGCUUUUUAUACUCAUCCCAGAAACCUGAUUGGCAGUCCUUUUGUUUCUUUGGCUAUGAUGCAUCUUUCUGAAUUGGCGUGAAGUAAGUUGAAGUACUGAAUUGACUUGAAGUAAGUUUGAGGGAGAGAUUAAGUACUUUGUGGGAUUCUAAUGAUGUAGUGUAAUUUAUUGAGAUGUCUUUGUCCUGGUGAAAGUUCAGUAUGUGAAAUUUUGAAGGGUUUUUGAGUCCAAGAAGUAAAAUGGUGUAACUCAUAGCCAAACGCUAGUCAUUGAUCCUUAUCAUUUUUAUUAUACAGGAAUAGGUAUUUAAAAAAAAUAUGAGCUGUGAUAUGUUUUUAAGAAGUAAUUUAGUUCAUUCUGUUGAUUUCUUAAUUUCAUGUUUCAAUUGAUUAGUGUGACUUGAUUAUAACAUUGACAGACACUUGUUGCAGUUUUAUAUAGUAAUAUAAGUACAUUUUAAGCCAUGUAAGACAGCUCUUCAGGUUCUGUCCACGAUGUAAUCUUUGUUAAAGAUAACUGUAUAUCAUACACUUGUCAGAGAAAGAUAUCACUCCCGUUUAGACAAUGCUGUUCAAUGUAUUUAGUCAUUUAUCUUGCUUUUAAUCAUCUAUAAUUGUGAAAAUGGGUAUAUGUACUGUUACACUAUUGUCAUUCCACAUGACCUCCAUGUUUAUGAUCUGUUUGUUGAGCUCAUUCCAAGACUGAAUCACAAUCUCUGAUUUAUAUUGGCUUUUUGUUGUAUUGUGGUUAGUCAUCGUAGAGGUAAAAGACUAACUUUCUGCUUGUUGUUUAGUAUCACUAUUUACGUUGUAAUCUUAACCGAAGUGGAGAGUAGCCCUUUGUACAAGGACAGGGAAACGGCAGAUCUUGGUCAUUUUUAUAUAUAUAUAUAUAUAUAUAUAUAUAUGUAUGUAUGUAUGUGGAUGCCAUCAUCACUGAUUUGGAGACUUGCACUAUUCAACAUGAGAUCAUGGAAAUGGGAAAUCAAGAUGGGAAAACUCCCAGCUAUCAUGUAAGUGGACAGAUUACAAAAAAGCACUGAGCAAAUUAUAAAGAAUAUCAUCGCUCAAAUGAUGAUUGGAAAAAUGUUUCCUUGUCCUUUCCCCCUCCCAGACAUAUCAUAAUGUUCGUUUUAAUUAGUCAAAUGAAAACGACUUGUGAAGGACUGUUACUGUAAUGUUUAUUUUUGUCUGCCCUCAAGUUGAUUUGACUCUACUUCAUUGCAGCCAUUGUAAUCUAAGUAAUUUUGCCAAUACUGUGAAAAGAUUUCAGUUGUGUAACAGCUGUAAUUUGGGUUUUUGAGUUACAUUGUGGCUUCAUGACCAAAUGCAUUGUUCUGGCUAAGCUUUAAUUUUUUUGACAAUCCACUAAAGAUACUUUUUUACUUUUUGGAUACUUUUUGUGAAAAUAAUUAUCACUUUACUGUUGUGUCAAAUAUGCACUCCAUCUUUUUGAGUCAAUGUAGAUGUUUUUAUUUUUCAACAGGACUAGAUAUUUGUGAAUGUUACACAAUAUUACCAUAUUUCAGUCUUCAUCUGUCAUGCUAAUAAAAUUACAACAAAUA